UUCACUAACCCGGAUAUUGUUUGUAUACUGGGUUUCAGCAGCAGAGGGCUGCACGUAUCCUAACUCUUUAAUAUACUUUUGCAUGUUUAUAUCCUGUAAAGUUGUAACUGGAUUGUUUUUUUGUUCUGUUUUGUAUUCUGCCGGCGGUGUCUUGAGCAUUUCUUGGUGUUAACGAAUGUUACAGAGCGUUUGACCUUAAUAUAGACACACUUGCUAACAGGUGCUUUAGCCAGGUGAAUGUUGGGAGUUCGAGCCCUGUUUGGAAUCGGUCUUCUUGUGACAUCACGAGGAGGCUCUGUCCUGACCCAUACAGGAGCAUGUGCACAUAUUGCCAGUAACAUCUACAGUAAAGAUCUCACUCACAGACAGGCUUGCACUAUGGCUAAUACAAUCAAGUACUUGGGGCAAGAAGAGGCUCAGCACAUUGACGAGGAGCUGUUCGAUGAGUACAGCUUCAGUGUGGAUCAGUUAAUGGAGCUGGCCGGUCUGAGCUGUGCCACAGCUGUGUCAAAGGGCUAUCCUCUACAAUCACUGCUCAAGAGUCCACCUAGAGUUCUGGUGAUCUGUGGGCCAGGAAAUAAUGGCGGAGAUGGGUUGGUUUGUGCUAGACAUCUCAAACUGUUUGGAUAUGAGCCUUCUGUAUUGUACCCAAAGCGCCCCAAAAAACAGCUGUUCCAGAAUCUUACCACCCAGUGUGAGAAGAUGGAUAUAUCCUUCCUGACAGAGAUGCUUGAGGCUGAUGUGAUUGAUGAAGUGUAUAAUUUGGUGGUGGACGCCAUCUUUGGAUUCAGUUUUAAGGGUGCGGUGCGAGAGCCGUUCGGUGACAUCCUCUCCCAACUAAAGAAAAUCACUGUGCCCAUUGCUAGCGUUGACAUACCUUCAGGUUGGGAUGUGGAAAAUGGCUGUCCUGAUGGGAUUCAGCCUGACAUGCUCAUCUCCCUCACGGCCCCUAAGAAAGCAGCUAGUCACUUCAAAGGACGCUACCACUUCCUGGGAGGACGAUUCGUUCCUCCUGCACUUGAGCAGAAGUACCAACUGAAUCUGCCUCAAUACCCAGGCACUGACUGUGUUCAUCAGUUGAACUGAGCAUUAAGUCAUUUUUGUGUCACUAAUUAAAAAAAAAAA